AUGACUCAUGAUGCCGAGCUUAAGCAUUCUAAUGAUGGUGCAUUGGUAGGAAGCUUUGUUGAAGUUGAAGAGAUGUCUCAUCUUGGACAAGGACAAGAUGAUGAAGUUACUCAAAAUCCUUGUAAAGAUGGAUCAAGUGUAGUGGUCGAAGCAGAUGAGCCGUAUGUGGGUCAGGAAUUUGAUACAGAAAUAACUGCACAAGCAUUUUAUAAUGCCUAUGGCAUGCGUGUGGGUUUCAUGACUCGUAUGAACUACCUGGCUCGAUCCAAACAUGAUGGAACCAUCAUUGGCCGGACUUUUGUAUGCAACAAGGAGGGUUACCGGAAGCCUGAUAGGCGAGAUAAGACUACCAUAAAGCCUCGGGCUCCCACUAGGGAGCACACUCAUGCAUUGACUGCCACUGCCAACAAAGGUCAAAAAGGAUUGAUUGCUGAUCAAGUACCGGAUGAUAAGAGAAAGAUUGAAGAAUUAACUCGCGAGCUGUUCCUUGAGAGAAAGCGGUCUGCUUCACUUAGAGAAAUAGUUGAUCUUCUAUUUGAUCACAUUGAGGAACAUACGCAAGACCUGUCAAAGAAAGUUCAGUAUGUUGUCGACAAGGUAAGGGAGAUUGAAUCGGAAGGGAAAAAGCGCUAUAACCUCAGAUAG